GCAGCUAAAUGUUUCUCCACUCGCUCUUUUCGACGUGUACGUCUGCAUGCAUUUUUAUUUCGCAGCUGGUGCCUCUGUUAAGUGUUCAGGGCGUGUAGUUUCCCCGUCCGGGUUGGCGCUUUUUUAAAUCCUGUUUAGAACUAUGUCCGCAAGAAGACCAGGCCCUGAAGGGGACACCACAGACGCGAGGCAAGACAAUGGAAAACAGCCAGCCGGGUCUUUGUCUGCUCCUUCGCCCACGGACGUUGAUGCUAAGCCCCAUGCUCACAGCUUCAGAUACAGCCUCCGUUACCCCAGCAUUGGCCAGUGCAUCAUUAUCAACAACAAGAACUUUGACAGGCGCACAGGUAUGAAUCAGCGAAACGGCACUGACGUUGAUGCAGCCAAUGUGUGUAAAGUGUUUACGAAGUUGGGCUAUGCAGCGAAGAUUUACAAUGAUCAAACAACCGAUCAGAUGAUGAAGAUUUUAAGUGCAACAUCUAUACACGAUCACAGCAACUCCGCCUCGUUCGUCUGCGUUCUGCUGAGUCACGGCGAUGAAGGCGUGAUCUACGGUACCGACGGCCCGGUGCAGCUCCAGAGCCUUACCUCAUUAUACCGAGGCGAUCGCUGUAAAACUCUGGUGGGAAAACCCAAACUUUUUUUUAUCCAGGCGUGUAGAGGCACUGAUCUUGAUCCGGGUAUUGAAUCUGACAGUGCAGACGAAACCACAAAGAUCCCUGUGGAAGCAGACUUCCUCUAUGCCUUCUCCACCGCUCCAGGCUAUUACUCCUGGAGGAACACAAUGACUGGUUCUUGGUUUAUCCAGUCACUGUGUGACAUGAUCAGCAAAUACGGAAGGGAACUGGAGCUUCUGCACAUCAUGACACGAGUAAACCACAAGGUGGCAGUAGAGUUUGAGUCUGUGUCCAAUUCACCAGGGUUUAAUGCCAGGAAGCAGAUCCCAUGCAUUGUGUCGAUGCUGACCAAAGAGAUGUAUUUCUGCCCUUGAUGUUGAAUUCACAGCAGAAACCUGAGCUUGGCAGACGUGAUUACAGAUUGGGUUGUGCUUUUCCACAUGAUUUCACUUGUUGGGAGAAAAUGUGAUGCUUCAGGAUACUUUUAAUUUAAUAGGCUUUUCAUUAUAGAUUUCUCACUUUGUGUUGUGUAUGUCUGACAUGAAUAGUAUUCAGUAUUUUAUAUUACAUGUGCCUGUUUUUUUUUUAUUAUUUUGUUUUUCAGAAUUUAUGUAAUUAUCUUUUUGAACCGUUUUCAGGCUAAACUCAAACAACAGUCAUCUAGUUUCACUCUACCUUGUCGUACCUUUAAACAAAAAAAUUUCAUUUUUAGUCACUGAGUUUCGGUAAAUUUCUUAAGGUAGUUAAGCGUUCUGAAAAGUCAUGCAGAUGAGCAUAAAAACACUUCCUUUAUAAAUAGUUUUCUCAAUCUUUUAUACUCGAUCCUAUUUUGACUGAUUGUGGUUCUGAUCUCAGAUCAGGCCUGUCUGCUCUUAUAAGAGAGGAUGGAUUUUGCUCCUUGAUCAGGGAAUCACAAUAUUGUGAAAUAGGAGUGUUAAGUAAUGGGAUACAUUUAGUUAGCAUUGCAGGAUUAUUUGAAUUCAUCCACAAUAAAGGAAGGAAUGAAUGGCUUGUAUUAGAUCAUGUCAGCCCAUCUUGGUAGGAUUAAAGUUCACACUUUGACUAUGCCAAUGCUGACUGAUGGCUGAACGUUUAUUUUUUUUAUUAAAAAGCACAAUUCAUCACUCAGUAACAGUUAUCCGGGUCCCGAAGCAGUCCCAGACCAUCACACUGCCACCACUGUGUUUCACUGUGUGUUCAAUGUCCUUUUUUGCUCGUUUUACACCAGUUGUCACACAACACACAGCUCUUUCAAAAAGAUCCGCUUUGGUCAGACUAUUUUUCCAACAGUUUCAUGGAUCAUCAAGAUGUCAUUUUUUAUUUUUAUUUUUUUUGGGAUGUUGGAGGGGAUUAAUUAAUUCAUAAUUAUUGAAUCAUGACCUCUGACCUUAGCAGAGGCGGGAUGGCUUGCAGGUCUUCAGAUGUUCUGAGUUCUUUUUGACGUCCUAGAUGAGCCGUUAGAGCGUUGUCAUAAUAACUUUGGCUCUGACUGUAGUUUGAUCUCAUUAUACAGUGAGACUGUCAGAUGGUAGAUGGUGGAAGUAAACCCAACAGAGUGGUUAGCUAGUUGACUUCUGAUUUAACAAGUGGAGUAAUUAUAAACUGUAUUUUGUAUUCAGUAGAAUUAUCUUUGCCAGCGCAAUCUGCUUUAAAUGAGUCCAAAUUCAGUAAAACUCUGUAAAGGACAAAUGUUUUUUCAUGACGCUGUAUGCUCUAUGUGGCCAUCAAGACCAGGAAACUCCAACUGACCAGUUCUCAGUGAUCUGUGCAACUUUACUGUUUACACUCUACACACUUCAGGGACAUGCCCUUUUCAGCUAGUUUGACUUUUUGUACUUUUCUAGUUAUGAACCUGCCGAAAUGUAUCUGCGCACAAUCAUAUUCUGCAAAGGCGGCAAGUCUUUUCAAAGCUGUAUUCUCUAUUUCACCAGACAUUAAAUUGAAUAACCAUACUGCGAAUGAUAAUGUGAAAGCAUCAGCAGGCUUUUGGUGGAUAAUGUGUAACAUAGCCAGGAGCGGCAUGUGAGCUGUAACAAAGCUCGCAACUGGGGUUGUCUUUUAUUUUCAGAUUUUUGAUUCUGUGCAGUGGAGGUGUGGGAAAAUAUCUUUUUUAUUUUUGGGUAAAUUCAAACUGCUGACUUGAGAAAGUGUUUCAUUCCCAAAGAGUUUUUUUUUCUUAUAAUGAAAUUUACAUGGAUGAAAUUGACCAAGUCUGUGCUCUGGUUCAAUUUUUUCUUUAAUUGGUUACGUAAGCCAUGGAAGCCAUUCACCAAAUGUUGUGAUAAUAGCUUUCUUGCCUUUAAACCUUUUGUACCAGUUUAUUUAAAUUAUCUGAGCAAAACAAAUCCAUUUAGGCCUCAAGAAGGGAAACCGUCUUCUGUACUUCUACCCUUUUUUUUUAGGUUCUCGUAAAUGUAAACUUUUGCACACUCUGGUUUCAGUAAGUGCUCUUUUGUGAGAAUCCACUUACAAUAAUAACUUGUUUUAGUUUCUUCAAUGUUGAAAGGUGGACAAUUUUUACAUUUCUAAUAUACAAUAUCACUGUUUAUCAGCAGCUACAUCAUGACCUUGAUGGAAUGUUUUUGUUCUUCUAAAUAAACUCUUUCACUCAGA